AUGCCCGCCAAGGAGCUGCACACCCCGUACCCGGUCAUCGACAUUGACCCCCACUUCAAGCGAGUCGUCGGGUACAUGCGCCCCAACGACUACCUCGUCUGGACGGGCGCAACCGGCGCCUUCCCCCUCGCCUUGAGCCUCUGGAACCGCAUCGACCCCGCCCACGGCAAGACUGGCGCAAAAUCCAUCCUGCGUGUCGGCGGCUGGCUCGGCUUCACCUGUGGUUUCCUCCUGGCCUACCAGAGGUCGUCUUUCCGCUUCCUGGGCGUGACCGAGAACGAGCGCGAAGCCGAGAUGGACCUCAAGGAGCUCGGCGCCCGCGCCAAGGCCGGCCUCCCCCUGUACGGCGAGACCGACCUGAGCGAGUACUUGCAGGGCGUUGCCUCGCGUAACUCGACCUUUUCGGUGUUCAAGCUGCAGACCAUUCCUUGGUUCAACUUUGUCAACCACAACAACCACGGCGUCGACACUGCCAAGUACUACGAGUACGCCAAGAACCUAUAG